AUGAGUGGAACAGCACUCAGCAAGGUGACCCUGAGCUGGAAAGGUCUGGAGGUGAGAGAACAGUUAAGUGUACAGUGUAGUGAUGCAGUGUUUCGGGAUCCUUUCUGCAAGGACCCCAACAAGCUGGUGUUUUGUGAAGUCUUCAAGUACAACCGAAAGCCUGCAGACAACAAUUUAAGGCACACCUAUAAACAGAUAAUGGACAUGGUUAGCAACCAGUGCCUAUGGUUUGGAAUGGAGCAGGAAUAUACUCUUAUGGGCACAGAUGGGCACCACUUUGGUUGGCCUUCCAAUGGCUUUCCUGGACCCCAAGGUCCAUACUACUGUGAUGUGGGAGCAGACAAGGCCUACCACAGGGAUAUUGCAGAGGUUCACCACCAGGCCUGCUUGCAGGCAGGCAUCAAGAUCUGGGGUAGGAAUGCCGAGGUCAUGCCUGAGCAGUGGGAAUUCCAGAUAGGACCCUGUGAAGGAAUCAACAUGGGAGAUCAUAUGUGGGUGGCCUGUUUCAUCUUGCAUCGUGUGUGCGAAGACUUUGGAGUGAUCGCCACCUUUGAUCCUAAGUCCAUUCUUGGAAACUGGAAUGGUGCUGGCUGCCACGCCAACGUUAGCACCAAGGCCAUGCAAGAGGAGAAUGGUCUGAAGUACACUGAGGAGGGCAUUGAGAAACUAAGCAAGCAGCACCAGUACCACAUCCGAGCCUACAAUCCCAAGGGGGUCCUGGGCAACGCCAGGCACCUAACUGGAUUCCAUGAAACCUCCAAAGUCAAGGACUUCUCUGCCGGCGUGGCCAACCUUGGUGCUAGCAUCCACAUCCCUCGGACUGUUGGCCAGGAGAAGAAAGGCUACUUUGAAGACCGUCGCCCAUCUGUCAACUGUGACCCCUCUGCCAUGACGGAAGCCCUCAUCCUCACAUGUCUUCUGAAUGAAAUGGGUGAUGAGCUCUUCCAGUACAAGAACUAA